UGCGUGAAGCAAAACUCACCAGCUCGGCGUUUGACAGCCGAGCAGAUGAUAGAUACAGGCAGGCAUUGCGCAAAGGAACGGCAGGGUGACGGUGGUGACGGUGAAAAGAAAAAAAAAACACACACAGCCGAACAAAAACAUGAACUGCUAAUUUAUCUGCAAUUCCGUGAAAAAAGUAACUCUAAAUACUCGACUACGGUAGUGUGGCCAGUGAGAAGGCGCAGCACCGGAUCGGAGGCGGUGCCGAACACGAUGGAAGUAACGAUGCAAGCGGAUUAAGGGCCCUAACCAGUGUUUCAGUUUCUGUUUUACGAGCCGACCUCACAGUUGCUUCGAUUCGCGUUUCCUUAUGGUUGCUUCGAUCGGUUGGUGUUAGGCGGAGCAGCAUUGCAGUAGAGAGCACCGCUUGUCGGUGGAAGGUUUUUUUCAUUUGGUGAUAAGCUGCUGCGAUACUCAAGUGUGACGAAGGAAAGCUGCGGCAGCAGCAAGAGCGUAACGUUCCCUGGAAGGCAGUUGUAUUUCUAUUGGUCUAAACACGUACGGUGGUGAUACCAGUUCACCGCCAAACCGAUAGCUAGUCGAGCUGGAGAUGUUUAAUCGUUUCAAGAACAAGGUGCUCACGGCAGUGGCCCUUGACCAGCCGGCGCUUCCGUCCGGCCCGGGACAUCAAGCGUACGGUGGGGGAGGUAGCGCCGGUGGCGGCAGUCGGGGCAGCGGCAAAGACUAUGACGCCGGUGGCAAGCGGUUGCCGAAAAAGUUUCAGUACGCCCGGCCCCCCUUUCUGCAGCUGCUGACGUACGACGAGCUGAAGGCGAGCGCGGACCACAACGUCCGGCCGAUCAUAGUGCCGCGCGACAUUUCGCUGCUGCCGUGGAACACCGGGUACGCGGAGUGCGUUAACUCGGGCAAAUCGAAAUGGAACGAAGAUCAGGCAGCAUUUCACCGGCAGGUGCUGUCCCACCCGUCCAAACAGUAUCACGAUCUGCCGUACACGUACUUUGGAAUUUACGAUGGGCAUGCCGGGUAUGGGGCAGCGUUGGCCGCCGCCAACCAGUUCCACUACAUACUGCACGAGAAGCUGGUGGAUGUGAUUGAUCUGCUGAUGCCGCGGGUGGAGAGUGAGAAUGGGUUCGCGAUGCCGUUGCACCAUCAUGCGACACUGCCCCAUCCGAGCCUGUUCCACAAGCAGGUGUCGAAGGAUGAGCUGAUCGUGGGUGCGCUCGAGGCAGCGUUCGCCGACAUGGAUGCCGUGUUGGCGGAGGAUCGCGACAAGUAUCGGAAUGCGGGCGGGUGUACCGCGCUGGUGGCACUGUUCAUACUCGGGAAGCUGUUUGUGGCGAAUGCGGGCGAUUCGCGGGGUGUGCUGUGUAGGCGGGUGAAGCGCCGGAAGCUGCCAACGGUGACCCAGCGGCCCGAAUGCAAUGGUGGGGCGGAAUUGGAUGGAGAAAAGGAGGUGGAUGAGUUUGAGGUGGUAGCGGAACCGUGCUCGUUCGACCACACACCGGACACGGAGCGACCCCGAUUGCUGACGGUGGGCAAACACAAUCCGGCCCUGCUAGGGGGCGAGUACAUCGCGAUGGAGUACGCGAAGAAACCGACGACGAAGGACCUUGGGGCACGGAUUCUGUACCGGCAGGGUGCAAUGAAGGGCUGGACGUAUAAGACGCUUACCGCAACCGAUCUAAAGAUACCGCUCAUUACCGGCGCCGGUAAGCGGAGCCGGCUGCUCGGCACGAUUGGCGUAACGCGUGGGUUCGGCGAUCACGAUCUGAAGGCGCUCGGUAGCAACUUGCCGAUUAAACCAUUCCUCAGCGCACACCCGGACGUGGUGUGUUUCGAUCUGUGCCAGGUGCGCAACGAGCCCGGUGCGGACGAUAACAGUGACGGUGAGUACGGCAUUCUCGUGAUGGCUACCGACGGUCUGUGGGACGUGAGCGAAUCGCAGCAGGUCGCCAACACGGUGUUUGGCACACUGAAACGCUUCCCGGCCGAACGGCACCGGUACACGAUGGUGGCCCAGGAGCUGGUGGCAAGAUCGCGGGGCCGCGCGAACGAAUCCGGCCACUGGCGGCUGUCGGAUUCGCGUGCCGCUGCCACCGUGGACGAUAUCUCCGUGAUCGUUAUACCGGUUUACCAGUACUACCGGGAGUACCGCGAGUGGACGCAAACGGUUGCCGCCCGAAAUCAGAUGAGAAGCGCAGCGAGUGAGGUGGUGGUACCGGUGGCGGAAGCGACCCAGGAACCGUCGGGUCCGGGCUCGGCCACCACCACCGAGCACAGCUCAUCGUCCGAAUCGUCCGAACCGCCGGAGGAAGGCCAGGAGGCCGAAAACAAUCUCAACACAAUUAAUCUACAGCCGGCAGGAGGCAAAACCGUACCGAUGGGGCUGGCGGAUGCACUUCCGGGGAAGUAAAAGCUGGUUGCCGCCGGGCGAUAGGAAGAACUCUACUGUGUGUGGGCGCGCGUGUUGUAGAAAUCACACAUUGUAUUGAAAUUUUGUGUUCUAGUGAUAUAUGUCUCUUAAUGCGCUUUGUAGAUGUAUGUUUUGUUUUAAACGUACCCCGGCCAACACCGAAGGGGUACGGCAAGAGAGAGAGAGAGUGAGAGGAAGAGAGAGCAAUAAGGGGAAAGCGAUGGGGGAGGAGGAGAGAAAGGAGCGCGCUCAAACCAAUACAAUAAUGAAUUAUACAUAUAAGAAAAGGUAUAUUCCACUAAUGCUAGAAGCUAGCAGACAGCAAACACCUUAUCUUAUCGGACAGCUGUACGCCGGAAGUCGGUUUGGCGAGCGUGCAGUGUGUAGCAUAUAUAUAUAUAAAUUUAAAGGCAUAACUAAACUUUGAAGUAUUGAUACGUAAGCGGUAAGACGUGUGGCUAGAACAAUGUAACGUUCCUUCCUAGGAAACGCGACCAGCACGAUACGGUUUAUCAAGGGUCGCCAGUAACAACUAUCUGCAUGCUCUUAGCACCCAAGCAAAACACAAAUCUAGGCUGUAGUAGUGGUGUGGUAUGCUGCAACAAUGCAAGCUAUAGACGUUAUGUGAGUAUUUGAAACACUUGCAGUCACAUAUCCACACGCAUACAUCCGUUAGAGCAUCAUGUUUUGGGAACAACACAUAGAAUACACGCCGCGUGGAAGUGCCGUAUUGCUUAGUGGUUCCGUUUUCCAUAGCGUGUGUUUGUGUGUGCGUGUGAUGUUGGUAUAAAUCGUUUAACCUACCUUGAGCAUAGUUUGAGCGCCGAGUAGUACACGGAAAAGACGCUGAUUAGGAAGUGUACCGCUAGCGCCACCAGCAGCCCCGUUCCGGCUGUGACAGCACCCCAGAUAAGCUGCAGCAUUCCCAGAUUAGAAGACCGAUGAGGCCGAUUGGUAUGUGUGUGUGUGUGCGCCGAGCAUUAGGAAGGAACACAAUAAGAAUGAAGAGAGAGGGAGAGAGGGAGAGAGGGAGAGAAAAGAAAUAGAAAGACCAUAGAACAAAUUUAUCAUAUUGUAUUCUCGCUCACUUUUCCUAAACUAAAAAGAGAUCUCUUUUGACAAAAAAAAA